UGGGAUGGCACAAUAAUGCGCCUUUCCCAUGAACAAACACACUCCUCUACAUCUUGCGUGAACUUGCAGCACAUGUGCAUCUGUGUGCACAGAGGUGACUGGGAGCGAUGUGUUCCGCGCGCGGCUGCUCUGGUCUGCCCUGCUGCGGUUAACAGAAGCACUGACGUGUUCACAGAGCAGCAGCAGCGCGAGAGUGACACAGCGGCACAACCGGACAGAAUGCCAGAAGGAGACAGUGCCGGUGAAUCCAUCCAUGGGAGACCAUCAGCGAUCGGAAACUUCUUUAAGCGGCUCGGGCAGGUUUAUCAGUCAUGGUUGGACAAGUCAACACCGUUCUCAGCAGUCCGAUGGGCAGUCACUGUUAUUCUAACGGCCAUAUAUAUGCUCAGAGUAUAUAUACUACAGGGGUGGUACAUAGUCACAUAUGCUCUUGGGAUCUACCACCUAAACCUCUUCAUUGCUUUCCUCUCACCAAAAGUGGAUCCCUCGUUGCUUGAUGAUCCAGAUGAGGGUCCAGAACUACCCACAAAACAGAAUGAAGAGUUCCGGCCGUUCAUCAGGAGGUUGCCCGAAUUCAAAUUCUGGCAUUCAGCGACGAAAGGCAUCAUCAUCGCUAUGAUUUGCACAUUCUUCGAAGCCUUCAACGUGCCAGUGUUCUGGCCCAUCCUCGUAAUGUAUUUCAUCAUGCUGUUCUGCAUCACCAUGAAACGGCAGAUCAAGCACAUGAUCAAGUAUAGAUACCUGCCCUUCACACACGGGAAGAGGACUUACAGAGGCAAGGAAGACACAGCGAAAACCUUUGCUAGUUAAAAUUCCCCUUCCUGAAAUUAAAGUUAUUGAUGAAGAAUGAGGAAACAUAAAGUUGAGUGCUUUAACUAUUACAAAUGGAUGGAGAGGGUUGAAGUUUUUUUGUUUUUGUGCUGGGCCAUAACUACUAGUAUAGAAUUUUUUUUUUGUUUUUU